CCUCCUCCUGUUCUUCUCCUCCCUCUCUCUCUGUCCUUCAUCUCCUUUCUCACACUACCGCGUCUCGAAAGACGCGAACACAGUCACGUCACAAUUCACCGUCAUUUCACCGUCCAGGGGGGGAAAUUCUUGGACCUCUUCAAAUCUUCCUAGCUUGCAAGAUAAUUAUACCUGACUGCGAUUCCCCGACGAAGUUCCUUCUUCUUACUGCAUCGGCGGCUUCCUCUUCCCUGAUCUCCGAGUUUUAUUUAGAGGUCUGGAUUGUGGCCGGAGGCUCCUGCUGGGGGAGAGAUAUAAGGAAAAGAUGGCGAAGCGUGGAUAUAAGCUGCAGGAAUUUGUGGCGCAUUCUACCAAUGUAAAUUGCCUAAGCAUAGGGAGAAAGGCGGGUAGGCUGUUCGUAACGGGCGGCGAUGAUCAUAAAGUGAACCUAUGGUCUAUUGGGAAGCCUACUUCUUUGAUGAGUUUAUGUGGCCAUACAAGUCCAGUUGAAUCCGUAGCUUUUGAUGCUUCUGAAGUUUUGGUGCUUGCUGGGGCUUCUAAUGGUGCAAUAAAGUUGUGGGAUUUAGAAGAAGCAAAAAUGGUUCGCACUGUUUCUGGACACAGAUCUAGCUGCAAUACUGUUGAGUUUCAUCCAUUUGGUGAAUUCUUUGCAUCUGGCUCUGCGGACACGAAUCUGAGGAUAUGGGAUAUCAGAAAGAAAGGAUGCAUUCACACGUACAAGGGUCAUAGUCGAACCAUUAGUACCAUCAAAUUCACUCCUGAUGGCCGCUGGGUCGUGUCUGGUGGAUUUGAUAAUGUUGUAAAGGUGUGGGAUCUUACUGCAGGAAAGCUUUUGCAUGACUUUAAAUUCCAUGAAGGACCUAUCAGAUCCUUAGACUUCCAUCCCCUUGAGUUUCUGUUAGCAACAGGUUCUGCUGACCGAACUGUGAAAUUCUGGGAUCUGGAAACGUUCGAAUUAAUUGGAUCCGCAAGACCCGAGGAAAGCGGAGUACGUUCUAUGGCAUUUCAUCCUGAUGGAAGGACACUUUUUUGUGGAUUAGACGAUAGUCUCAAGAUAUAUUCUUGGGAGCCUGUGAUUUGUCAUGAUUCAGUGGACAUGGGAUGGUCUACACUUGGUGACCUAUGCAUUCAAGAUGGGAAGCUUUUGGGUUGCUCAUACUAUCGUAAUUCUGUUGGAGUUUGGGUGGCAGAUAUUUCGCUUAUUGAGCCAUAUGGGACUGGUGAUGUAGAUGAAGAAAAUGAAUGCACAGAGCAGAUGUUCACUUUCUCAAAAAAUCACUCUGGAGACAUAAGUAGUGAUAUAAAUUCAGUUGUGGGUUUGCGCUCUGCGUCUCCAGAAAUGGACACUAAAGAAAUAAAGAACAUAUAUAUAGAUUCUGGUGGUGGAAGUCCUGUUGUUUUGCCAAGGGCUGAUUCACUGAACUCUGCCAAUGUUGUCUUCUCAUUGGACUCAUUUCAAGCAUGUAAUCCACAGAUGGAGAAGCAAAGUCAUUCGGUGGAACUGAAUACCAAAUCUGGUGGUCAGACACUUGAUAAAUCUUUUAUUGUGCCACCAGUAGCACUUCAGGAACCUGCCAUAGAAAGGGGCUCUGUUGAUAUUAAAAAGGAAAAGAUCACCUUUUCAAAGACUAAACCAGGAAUGCUACUUAGACCUGUGAGAAGAGCUUCCAAAAGUGAUAUCGAGGAACUCUCAGUGAAUCUUGAACCUAUAAAUGUCGCCAAGGUAGCUAGCGAGAAAGAGCUUAUAGUAGAUGUGCCCAUGCAGACUAAGAUUGUGCGCGAAGAGGGAACUCUGAGGUCCAAAACAUUGCUGUCUCCAGAGAAACCCUGUAUUCAUGAAAAUUCCCAUGCACAAGUCAUACCACAUAUUCUUGUUGCUUAUUUACCCUCCCAUAGCUAGGCUCUGAAAAUGUAUGUUUUUGGCAGGUGAUGAAGCUGAGAAAUUUAAAAGAGUAAACUCAGUUAAGAUUGUCAAUGGAGUUGCAGUAGUGGAAGGCAGAACUCGUUCUCUUGUUGAGAGGUUCGAAAGACGAGAAAAGUCAAGCACGGAAGAUCAACCACCCAAUGGAGAUCUUCAUGUGCCAGAAACAAUUAAGACUGCCACAGUAACUCCUGAUAUCAGCCCUCAUGUAACUGCUGAAACAGAUAAAACACCUGUGACUCCUUUUUCUGAACCCAGACCAGCUUCUAGAGGUAAACCUGAGAGUGGUGGAAGUCCAAUUCCACCAUCAAAUACAACCUCGCCUGCUGUAUCUGAAGCAGAUAAAGCUCCCAUUCGAGUACGGAGGUCUUCUUCUCACGGAUUACCUGGAACCCAUAGAAAUCUGACUCCUCCCUCUGCUACACCCUCUCGUGCUAUAACUGAAGUGGACCGCCCUCACCGCAGGGCAUCCAGCGUAGGAACCAUUCGGACUCGCCUGACCUCAUCUGCCCCAACAUCGAUAAAUCCUGUCCCUGAAUCAGAAAGCACCCUUCCAGUGACAUCAUCAUAUAGAACCCUCCGUCAUACCACUGAAACAGAUGUAUCGCCCUUCGCCACAAUUCAUAAGAUACCACGUGAUCUACCUGCAACCGGUAGUAGGACGACAAGUGCAGUGAAGGAAGAGCAGCGGAUUUCUUUGAGGGACUCAAUCUCUGCUGAUUUUGUACCUGCUGUAGCAUCUGAUACAACCCCUAAUAGUACACCGGAAAUUGAAAAAUUGCCCUUAUCCACAGUUAGUAGGCCCCGUCGCCGAGUACCUGGGAUGGAUAUAACGCCGCGAACCAUGAAGGAAGAGCCAAAGAUUUCUAUGAAGGACGCCAUCUCUGCUGGUUAUAGACCAGCAAUGGCAUCUGACCCACCACCUAACAAUACUCCUGAAGUUGAAAAAUCAGCACUCACGUCAUUUAAUAGACCCCGUCGCCGCAUGCCUGCAAUGGAUCGAACACCUCCUAUCAUGAAGGGAGAGCCACAGUUUAUGGAAAGGGAGUCUGUCUCAGCUGAUUAUGGACCUUCAGCAGUAUCUAAUACUAGCCGUAGUAAUACACCUGAAAUUGAAAAAUCUGCCUUCACUACAAUUAAACAGGCUCCUCAGGUGCUUGUGAUGGAUAAAUCACCUCCCACUGCAGAAGAGCCUCAGAUCUCUGGAAGGGACUCUGCUUGUGGGGACGUGAUUGAAGAUCUGAUGCAAAAUCAUGAUGCCUUUUUAAGCACUCUUAAAUCUCGAUUGACUAAAUUGCAAGUCAUUCGACAUUUUUGGGAGCGGAAUGAUUUCAAAGGUGCAAUCAAUGCCAUGAGAAGACUAGCUGAUCACUCAGUCGGUAUUGAUGUACAAGCAGAUGUGGUCAGUGUUCUAGUAGACAAAAUAGAAAUCAUCACCUUGGAUUUAUUUUCGUCCUUGCUUCCUGUGCUGGUGGGCUUGCUCAAUAGCCAGAUGGAAAGGCAUGCAAAUAUAUCACUGGAGAUGCUGCUUAAGCUCGUAGCAGUCUUUGGACCUACAAUUCGUUCUACUGUUUCAGCUCCUCGUCCAGUUGGUGUUAAUCUUCACGCAGAGGAGAGGAUAGAGUGCUGUAACCAAUGCUUCGUUGAACUACAGAAGAUUCAACAAAUCCUUCCUUCACUCAUUAGGAAGGGUGGUGUCCUGGCGAAGUCUGCCCGGGAGUUGAAUCUAGUACUUCAACGACCUUGAUAGGACUCCAACUCAAUCUGAUCCCUCCUUGAGAACCAUAGGGUCCUUCCAGUCCCUCUCCGUGCGGGCAUGUGGUUCAUCCAUUUCCCACCUGGCAAUUUUGUCUUACUGCUUUCGCUCCUGCCGGAAAUGUCUAUAUAUAAAUAUCGGCUCUGGUUACAGUACCAGAUUACGACGGGGCUGAAACAGUCGAAGUCAGGCGAUCGGUCGAAGCUUCAGACCAAGAUUUGACGUUUCGUACAUCAGGGCGUGGAUGUUAAGGCAGGACGUGAGCAGACCACUGCAGAACCUCGCCAUCUUUCCUUCCAUUUUAAAGGUACUACUAACUCAGCAGCUCUCUCUUUUAGCCUUCCUGGGCAUUCCAGCCAUAAUGCGUAGCUGCAUUGUAUGUAAUUGUUUUGGUCAUGGUCGGGGUGCGUAUUUCAGCUACUCCCCUCUGCUUUGAACAUCUUGUAUAUUACGAAAACAGUUCAUCCAGUGAAAUCCAUCAAAUGUAUUUCCUCUACUCUUCAUAUUGAUCCUACAUUUACACGAUCUGGAAUCGCUUCACAUGUCUCCCCAUUUCUUAGGUCUGGCAUUAGAGUUGAGCUUUCAUAAUCUGUUGUAGACCUAACUUGUAAUAGCUCCCAAUCCGAAACGAUCCUCUACCCGA